GUGGUAUAGCCUCCAGACUGCGUGGGCUAGUGUGGGUGCAGUAGACGAGUUUCGUAUAAAAACCCUGAUUCCCGGAGUCUCAUAUUACGCGCGUCCGCCUCCCUCUGUAGUUGUUUGUAUUACUACGACUCCUUCCACCUACUUCGUGUUUUUCUUCAGUAGUAUUUCUUAGGAAAGCUACCGUCACUAAAGAAAUCUGUUCUAUGGUUUUGGCUGAAGAAGAUCCCACGAUGUCUCGGACUGACGAGGUGCACCGUAUAACGGAGAAUGUCUAUAAGUCCAUCAUGGAGCAGUUCAACCCAUGCUUGCGGAACUUUGUGGCCAUGGGGAAGAGCUACGAGAAGGCCCUAUCCAGUGUCACAUUUGCUGCAAAGGGCUACUUCGAGGCACUGGUGAGGAUGGGAGAGAUGGCCAGCGAAAGUCAAGGCUCUAAGGAUCUUGAAGAGGCAGCAUGGGACGUACUCUUUCAGAUGGCUGAGGUCCACAGACAGAUCCAGAUGCAGCUUGAAGAUAUGCUGAAGUCGUUCCACAAUGAGCUUCUGACAGAGCUGGAGAAGAAGGUGGAGCUGGAUGCACGUUACCUGAAUGCGGCUCUGAAGAAGUACCAGAUGGAGCACAAGAGUAAAGGAGAGAGUCUGGAGAAGUGUCAGGAUGAACUGAAGAAGCUACGCAGGAAGAGCCAGGGCAGCAAGAACACCUCUAAGUACGGAGACAAGGAGAUGCAGUAUGUUGAGACCAUCAGCAGCAAGCAGAGUGACCUGGACCAGUACACAGCAGAGGGCUACAAGAAUGCACUGUCAGAGGAGAGGAGGAGGUACUGUUUCCUGGUGGAUAGACAGUGUGCCGUGGCCAAGAACAACAGCUCCUACCACAGCAAAGGUAAGGACCUUCUAGCCCAAAAGAUCCCAGCAUGGCAGCAGGCGUGUGCUGACCCUACCAAGCUGCCUGACCGUGCCAUGCUCCUGGCUCAGCAGAUGACCUCUGCAGGGGGUACCCUGGGGUCCGGCUCCCACACUCACCACGGCUCCAAGGGCAACCUGCUCAUCUCUGACCCUAUCCCCGGGGCCAAGCCUCUGCCUGUACCCCCCGAGCUGGCUGCACUAAUGGCCCAACAGCGUCUAAUGGGACCAGGAGGAGUGGACGGAGGGAUGCCCAUAAUGAACGGAACGGCAGGGGCGCACGGAGGAGCAGGAGGGGGAGGAGGGGAGGACUACCAACACUGGAUGGAGGGGAAGAUGGCCCAAGCCCAGGCUCAGGCCCUACAGGCUCAGGCCCUACAGUCCCAGGUGGCUAAGGCCUCCUCCCAGCACCACUCCCAGCCCCACAGACAGGGCAGCGAAGUCUACUCCAACACCCUACCCGUACGCAAGAACGCCCCCGCCAAGAGCAACACCACCAUGGGUCCAGAGACCCGAACCCUUCCCCGGUCUAGCUCUAUGGCAGCAGGGCUGGAGAGGAACGGUCGUACCCGUGUCCAGGCCAUUUUCUCCCACGCGGCUGGGGACAACAGCACCCUGCUCAGCUUCUCUGAAGGAGACAUCAUCACCCUGCUGGUGCCUGAGGCCCGCGAUGGAUGGCACUAUGGAGAGAACGAGAAGAACAAGAUGCGGGGCUGGUUCCCUUUCUCUUACACACGUGUCAUCCCCGAGACUGAAAGCGACAAACUACGAGUCAACAAUCUCCACCAUGGUAAGAGCAGCAGCACAGGCAACCUGUUGGAGAGAGAGGACAUGGCAAGUGCCCCUCCCCCUGACUACGGUAUGUCAUCUCGUCUGCUGGCACAGAGCGCUGCGAUGGCACACAGCAGACAACAACGCCCAUACAGCAUGGCAGGGCCAGGCUUCUCACAGCAAGGACUUGAAGAGUAUGAGCAACGUUUUUCAACAAGUUCCGAAGGUGGAACAGUUCCGAAAUUGAUUUCAACAGUGUGAGAAGGGACAGACAGACACACAGACAGACACAGACUCAGCUUGCUGCUGCUGCAAUAGGACUGACUGCCUGCCAGGCACCUCUGCAAUCCCUCAUUAAUAGCCCUCCUCGCCAAUCACUCUCACCACUUCUCUCCCACCCUCUCUCUAACCCUCACCCCUCCUCUCUCACCCCCUCUCUAACCCCCACCCCUCCUCUCCUGCCCUUUCUCUAACCCUCAGCCUUCUUCUCUCGCCCUCUCUCUAAUCCACCACAACACUCCCCUCUCCACCUGAGUUUACCAGGCCAUUUCCCUACCCCCCAUCCCCCGUCCCGUCCCCCCGUCCUCUCCCUUCCAUCCCACCAAGGGACAGACUUGUCUCUCCCCCUAUACUCUUCCUCCUCACUCUCCUCACACCCUGCACUUCCACGCUACGCUGCAGUUCCCAGGCCAAGCACUGGUGGAACCAGAACCACAAAGCAGAACCAACUAACCCCACGCUAAAGGACUGACACCAUCCUGAGCCAUCCUUAUUAAAAUCAUUGGAAUGAUGGACUUUGUCUGAGGAGGAAAAUUAGUCAAAUCUUUAGCUUGUCUUUCAUGCAUGUACAUGUCUUUUCUAUUUAAUUGGGAUUUCUUCCUCUGCAAACAUACAAUAAAAUUAAACAAAUGUUUUUAAAUAAAAUCUUCAGUGUUCUCCAGCAGAAUCAAGGUUGAAAGAUGAAGGAUUUAUAUUACCAGUGUAAAUCAAAAUGGUAAUCCAAAGGGGAUUGUUUUAUUAAUGUAAAGAUGAUCUUGUAUGAUGAUCAAAAAGUGAAAGUUCAUCUACAGUGUCUUCUUAUGCUUCAGACAGUGACUUUACUUUACAGACUGUGAGGUCCUUCGGGUAACUUCUAAUAUCCCUCUUUAAAUGAGAGGUUAUGUAUCACAUGUAGUGAAAUAACUCAAAUGUAAAUGUUCAUUUUUCAUUUGAACUUAAGAGGGCAGGUGACCAAUGAAAUAGAUGGCAAUGAAUAUGUACUGUACAUAAAUGUACCAUCAAAUAAAAUGGAUGAUUAUUAUGCCUAUUGAUUACAUCAGUUGAUCAAAACGUACCUUAAAAACCAAAUUACUUGUAUUAUCAUGUUAUUAUUACUAUUAUUAGCCACAAGGUAAUAUGUUUUAUGAUGUCUGAGGUCUAGCAGGCAGUGUGAAAGACACCUUGCUCUGAUAUCCAUGUACUACGGGGCCUCUGAGUAUUGUUGUUUCGUCUGAAUAUCAACAUACUGUACUAUAUCAAGGCUGAAUGGGUAAAAAAAAUAAAAAACUCAUCCCUGAAAGAAAGAGAUGUAAGGCUCUGAGUAGGGUUACCGUUCAGGAGUUCAUCCCUGAAAGAAAGAGAUGCAAGGCUCUGAGUAGGGUUACCGUUCAGGAGUUCAUCCCUGAAAGAAAGAGAUGCAAG